UAUUACUUUGUAUUAUCUUGCUCAUGGUUGCAGUAUGCAAACUGUUGCAUGGAACUUUUACGUGUCAAAACCAACUGUGAGCAAAGUUAUCCGUGACACUUGUAAGAUUAUAUGGGACAAGUUAUCGCCUAUAUGUUUGCCAAGACCUACUGCUGACGAUUUCAGAAGGUACUCACGAGAUUUCCAAGAGUUGUGGAAUAUGCCGAAUUGUUUCGGGGCGAUUGAUGGAAAGCACAUCGUUGUACAAGCUCCUUACAAUACUGGGACCAGUUUCUUCAAUUACAAAAAAACAUUCAGCAUUGUGUUAAUGGCAGUUUGUGAUGCUAACUACAUUUUUACUCUUGUUGAUGUUGGUGCUUUUGGUUCACAAAGUGACGGAGGAGUCUUUAAAGAAUCAGCUUUUGGAAUAGCUCUUGAUAACAACGAACUGGAAAUACCAGACGAUAGCUGCUUACCAGAAACCGACACAAAGUUUCCAUAUUAUAUGGUUGCAGAUGAAGCGUUUCCUUUGAAAAGCUAUAUUAUGCGACCAUAUCCUGGAACUAAAUUGGACAAAACACAAAAAACUUUCAAUUACCGUCUUUCUCGAGCACGACGUGUUAUCGAAAACUCUUUUGGCAUUUUGGCCAGUCGUUGGCGAAUCUUCCGAUCAACAAUUAUUGCACAUGUUGAUACUGCGGAAUGGAUUGUGUGUGCAGGAUUGUGCCUUCAUAACUUUCUCUGGAUGUCAGAAUUAAUCUCAAAAUCAGAAAAUGCUACGUACUGUCCUCCAAAUUACGCUGAUACAUGGGACAACAAUGGGAAUGUCAUAUCUGGACAGUGGAGACAAUGCGAAGAGAAUAUCAUCUUUAGGAACAUGGGAAGAAUGGGAGCUAAUAAUGCUACACGCAAGAAUGUUACCUUACGUGACACGCUUGCCGAGUACUUAAUUUCUCCAGAAGGUGCAGUUUCGUGGCAAGAAGCAUAUAUUACGAGAGGAUCAUUUUAAUUGUACAACUCGCGAAAAUAUUAACUAUUUAGAACAACGUAUAUUUUGCAGAAUGUUUAUUAUCAUUAAAUAACAAUCUUAUUACGUAUUACAUAUUGUAUCUUUAAUAAACUUUGGA